UAAGAGAUAAGAAAGAGAGUGCCCGAUCAGCAGUGACUCCCACACUACGGCUCCUCCGAGGAAACUGGACUGAUCUGCAGAAGGAAGGGGGAUACAAUCACUCAGCAAGGACAGCAGCAGCUCCUCAUCCAGGGCUAAGACUGCACUAAGGCAUAAACAUUUCACUGUCUCUGGGGAUACACUAAGCUGACACCAUUUCACUGUGGACAUUGCACCCACUUACAGAUAUGGGUGAUAUGGGAGACCCACCAAAAAAAAAGCGCCUGAUUUCCCUGUGUGUUGGCUGCGGUAAUCAGAUUCACGAUCAGUACAUACUGCGAGUUUCCCCGGAUCUGGAAUGGCAUGCAGCCUGUCUCAAAUGUGCAGAGUGCAAUCAGUAUCUGGAUGAGACUUGUACUUGCUUUGUUAGGGAUGGCAAAACCUAUUGUAAAAGAGACUAUAUCAGGUUAUAUGGAAUCAAGUGUGCUAAGUGUAAUAUCGGCUUCAGUAAGAAUGACUUUGUAAUGAGGGCCCGUUCCAAGGUGUAUCACAUCGAAUGUUUCCGAUGCGUGGCUUGCAGUCGCCAACUCAUCCCGGGGGACGAAUUCGCUUUACGGGAAGAUGGUCUCUUCUGCCGGGCGGACCACGACGUGGUGGAAAGGGCCAGUUUGGGGGGCAGCGACCCUCUCAGUCCCCUACACCCAGCAAGACCCCUACAGAUGGCAGCAGAACCAAUUUCUGCCCGGCAGCCUGCCCUCAGACCCCACGUCCACAAACAGCCAGAGAAGACCACCCGGGUCCGAACAGUGCUUAAUGAAAAACAGCUUCACACCUUAAGGACCUGCUAUGCUGCCAACCCCAGGCCUGAUGCUCUAAUGAAGGAGCAGCUAGUGGAAAUGACUGGCCUUAGUCCCAGGGUCAUCAGAGUCUGGUUUCAAAACAAGAGGUGCAAGGACAAAAAAAGAAGCAUUAUGAUGAAGCAGCUCCAGCAGCAGCAACCCAACGACAAAACUAAUAUUCAAGGGAUGACAGGGACCCCUAUGGUGGCUUCCAGUCCCGAAAGACACGAUGGAGGUUUACAGGCGAACCCUGUGGAGGUCCAGAGUUACCAGCCUCCCUGGAAGGUCCUGAGUGACUUUGCAUUACAGAGUGACAUUGAUCAACCUGCUUUCCAACAACUGACCUGUUUCUCACAGGUUAAUUUUUCAGAAGGAGGACCAGGAUCUAAUUCCACGGGAAGUGAAGUGGCAUCUAUGUCUUCACAGCUACCGGACACUCCUAACAGCAUGGUAGCCAGUCCUAUUGAGGCAUGAGGAGUAUGGACUAUGUGGUUUCCACCAAUAUUGCUGGAAUAACGGGACGAAUAUAGGUUUGGACUUCAUCAAAGUAUUUAACAACCUAGCUGAUGAUAGGAAACCCAACAAGAUGCACGGAGACCAUCUGGAGAAGAUGGUAUGGUAGCAACACUGUGAAGACAAUCAUGGGAUAUUACUAGAAUUAAAUGACAUCCAACAUCUAAAGAAUGGUCCUAGGAAUUUUGUAAGAACAUGAUAUGGCAAAAAAGGAUGGUUUAUAUCUGAGGAUCUCUAAAAAAAAAUCGGAUUAAUAAUUGUCCCUUAGAACAUCUCAAGACACACCACAAUGGAGAGAUACCAAGAAAGAUCGUCUUAAUUCGAAUGGUGCUGCUUAUCUGCCUAACAUCAUUCAAUCAUUGCAUUGCCAAACAGGAGCUAGAAAGGUUUUGAGACCAGUCCAGACUGUAUCCCAACUAAUGGACAAAGACUUGGAGGUAUCACUUGAGGAUUAGACCUGGAAGCCUUCUCAAAUUGGUUUGCAAUGUUUUAAACUGUUAACAAUGGGAGCUGCUGAAAUCAUAGCAUGUGACUGUUUUUCGAGAUCCUCCUAUCUUUCUCAUUAAGUCUAAAAAUUGAAACCUAAAUAAAAAAAGGCAUCUAAAGACAAGGCUUUUUUUCCCCAAAUACAUUUUUCCCCAAACCAACUCUAGAAAGCAUUGCAACAACAAGGUAUACCUCUUGCCACAGAUUUCUCUGGAUUGUGUGUGAUUCUUGUCCAUCCAAGAACUUUCUCCCCCAAAGAUGUGUAUAGUUAUUGGUUCAAACGACUGUUUUCUCUCUGGAAAUAAAGAGACAAAAAAGGAAAACAUUUUUUGUUUGCUCUUGCAUUGCAAAAAUUAUAAAGUAAUUUAUUAUUUAUUGUCGAAAGACUUGCCACUUUUCAUGUUAUUUGACUAUAUUUUUUUGUUUGCUGAAGUAAAAAAAAAAAAAUCAAGAAAAAAAAGGUUGUAUUGUGGUCUCUGAAUUUUAUGUCUUAAGUCGCUUGUGUCUUAUGUGUCUUCCCAUUGUGCAAAAUAAAAAGCCAUGUUUAGAAAUGUAACUGAACAGGCUAUGAUCAUGGGGUUUUAACUUGAGAAGGGUUCUUGAAAUCUUUUACUAAAUAAACCCCUCAUAUGCCCCCUGUAAUUGUAAUUCAGUCAGGGAAUAUAUUAAAGGCACAUGUUUCUAAGACACAAGCAGCAACACAGCACUAAAUGUCUUUAAAAGAAAUAUAUUUACAGUUGUAAGAAAUUCAAAAUAAAUUAUGUUCCAAAA